AUGAAGACGCUUCGCUUACCAUCCUAUUCUCCCUGCAACACCCAGCCGUGCGAUGACUGCAUGUACCAGCAGCAUUCGCGGUGCUUUCGAGACUUCGGUCGCUCCCAAAGAGGCUACCAGACCUACCGGGGUGUGCCAUGGGACCUUCAAAGAGUUCACCAGUUGGGCACCAAACCGAGAUUUUUCAAGCCCUGGAAGAUCGCUCUAAUUGUUGUGGCUGUAGCGAUGGCGGCGGCAAUCACCAUCGGCAUCCUGGUGUAUUUUUUGGCCUAUGAUCAGAGGCUGUUCUAUUACAAUGGCAACUUUAAAGUCACUAGCAUCCAGUACAGCGAUGGCCUGGCCAGACAAUCCUCAGGAGAGUUUAGAGACCAGAGCGGAAGGAUCGAGAGACUGAUAGACAAGACAUUUCAGAGUUCCAUGUUAAGAAAAAAAUAUAUCAGGUCACGUGUUAUCAGACUGAGCCCUGACAUGGGUGGAGUGAUGGCACAGGUUGUGCUCACGUUCCUUUUCUCCGCCACUGAUAACGCAGCAGCAUUUCUGGGAAAAAUCGAUAGUGUCCUACAGAAGAAACUGAAUAAAUAUUCUGGGCCGGUGCGAAUAGAUCUUGCAUCUUCUACCAUCUCAGAUAUGAGGAGAGAGAGCGCUGAAACCCUCUUCAGUGACUUCUGUGGGUUACGACAGAAUAGAUCAUCAAAAUCAAAAUCGUCAUCAACGUCCGAAAGAGUAGUUGGAGGGUUGGCUUCUGCAGAGCUUGGGGAUUGGCCGUGGCAAGCGAGUUUACGGCAGAACAACAUCCACCGUUGUGGUGCAACGCUGAUCAGCAACACGUGGCUUCUGUCUGCAGCUCACUGCUUUAGAAAAGCAAAUAACCCACGUCUAUGGACUGUUACCUUUGGAACUCUUUUAAGACCUUCAAGAAUGAAACGCUUUGUCAAAGCUAUUAUUGUCCAUGAAAAGUACCGUUAUCCAGCACACAACUAUGAUAUAGCUAUCGUGAAACUCUCGAAAGGAGUUGAUUUUACAAAUACCGUACAUCGCGUCUGUCUGCCAGAUCCAUCUCAGAUUUUCCCAUAUAAUUCUGACGCUGUCAUCACAGGCUGGGGAGCACUGAGCGACGAUGGCCCGAGUCCUAAUGUUCUCCGGGAAGCAACAGUGAAACUCAUAGACUCAAACACUUGCAAUAGGAAAGAAGUGUACGAUGGGGUCAUCACACCUGGGAUGUUGUGUGCUGGAUACUUGGAAGGAGGAGUAGAUGCCUGUCAGGGUGACUCUGGUGGCCCACUGGUUAGUCCAGAUUCUAGAGGAAUGUGGUACCUCGUGGGAAUAGUGAGCUGGGGAGAUGAAUGUGCUAAACCAAAUAAGCCGGGAGUCUACACACGAGUGACUUACUAUCGGGACUGGAUCACCUCAAAAAUUGGCCUCUAA